GUUAAAGUUAAGCCAUGGAGAACUUUUCGAUUUAAUGAGUGUGUUUGUAAUCCUUAUAAUGCUGAUUUUGAUGGUGAUGAAAUGAAUCUUCAUGUAUCUCAAACUGAGGAGGCGCAUAUAGAAGCAAUAGAACUUAUGGGUGUCAAAAAGAACCUAGUAACUCCAAGAAACAGAGAUCCUAUCAUUGCAUUCAUUCAAGAUUUUGUCACAUCCUCUUUUUUAAUUACUAAAAAAGAUGUCUUUUACAAUCGUGCACAAUUUUUACAAAUCUGCUCAUAUAUGGCUCUCUCUAUGGUAAAGCCUUAA